UUCUUUCAUCUUUGCCUUUCUCUUUUUCCUCAUCUUUUCUUGUCCUUUCUCUCUUUUUUCUCAUCUUCUCUCUGCCCUUUCUGCUCGUUCCACCAUCUCUUCCUCCUUCUCUUCUAAUCAUAUUACUUUGGACUAUAUAACAUAACUUUAUUUAUACUAACUCAUCACAUCAUUUACAACCAGAGAAUCCAACCCUAACAAAAUCGAUCAACACCCAUGGAAGACUCUUCCUCUGCUGCUUAUAUCCGUCUGGUGCACCGUCUGAUAGAGGAGUGUAUCUUGUUCAACAUGAACAAAGAAGAGUGCAUGGAAGCUCUUUCUAAGCAUGCAAAUAUCAAGCCUGUUAUUACUUCCACCGCAGUUUGGAAGGAGUUAGAGAAGGAGAACAAGGAGUUUUUCGAGGCAUACUCUAGAAGCAGAGCAGAGAAAGCUUCGGUUUCUGAGAGAGAGACGAGGCAAAGGAUAGAGAACAUGGUUUUAGAUUCUUCCAACGAACGAGUUUAGAUAUGAGACGCAAUCGAGAUUAAUGAUGAAUAAAACGAAGAAGAAGGAAGCAUGUUGUUUAUGUAAUAAUAUCGCAAUCUGAGGGUAAUAGUUGCAGAACCAAACAAUAUUAGACCACGGGACAACAUCGUAGUAUAUCAUCAUGUAUGUGGGCGGCAUAAAUGGCUUUAUUUGAUUUGUCCCAAGAUGUAGAAGUUGAAGUCAGCACUCUACAGUGAUUGCAGAGUGUGACAUGGCAUACAACUUUCUUCUAAAUAAUUUUGAAAAAAAAAACUGUGUUAUUCAUGUAUAAAUAAAUAAAAUUAUUAUUAGAUA